AUGGAUAUUGAUCGACCGGCAAAUGUGUCUUUUUUUGAUUUUGUCGGAGGAGUUCAACUUCUCCAGGGAGAGGACACCAGGACGGUCAUGCCGGUCCUCCUGAUUGGGAUCUGCAUUUCCGGCGCCCUGUGCAACUUGUUGGUUCUACUGAUCUUCAUCCGUGACUUCAGGGACGGAAGGGGCUCCGAGGUGAAGGCUCUUCUCGCCUCUCUGGCUUCCACUGACCUGGUUAUCCUUUUGCUGUGCGCACCCGUGCGCGCUGUCACCUACUACAGGCAGACCUGGACCCUGGGGAAUUUUGCGUGCCGCACUACGGACUGGUUCCAGCACUCCUGCAUAGUCGCGAAAACCUUAAUCCUGGCCGCAACCACCAAAGCUAAACAUAAUUUAAUUCCACGCACCGCCGCUUCGGGGCCCCUCUACAACCCGACAUGGAUCCACGGAGCCCUGGCGUUCAUUUGGAUAGUGUCCAUGAUGUUUCCUAUCCCGCAGCUGCUCUUCGCGUCGUUGUUGCCGCGUGGCAGCGACUUUGUCUGCGUGUCCGAGAUGCCAGCGUGCGCGUCGGACUUUAUGAGUUUAUUCUACAAGAUAUACCCAACCGUCACAUUUGUGGCUCCUGUCAUCUUCACCAUCGCUUAUUAUACCAAGACUCUUUACACAGCGGUGAACCACGCACCAAGUCCGCGACACCAGAGCAAGGUGGUUCUGGUUCUGCUGUGCCUAAGUGGUGCCCUGGGUCUGAUGCUGCUGCCCGAGUGGGGCACGUUCACCUGGAUAAGACUGGGCUACAACAAACCCCCGGUGGGGCUGCUGAUGUUCGCCCAGUUCCUCCUUUACGCGUGCAGCUCCCUGUCCCCGGUCAUCCUUAUGAUCAUGUACGACGACGUGCGCCAAGGCCUGGUAGCGAUCUGGUUCAUUGCGACCUGCAGGGGCAGAAAGCGCGCGCCAGCUAUGAAGUCUCCGCAGACUGAGGGAAACGGGGCGGAAGUCGGGGCGAACGCUGUGGGUAACGAUGUCUCACAGAUGAAGGAGGCGAAGUUCCCCGACGUGGAGCACUUCUGGACAGGGCGCAGGAACACGCACGUAGAGGACGAGCAAGAUCCAGUUCCGUGGGAGAAAGAGGAAAAGAUGUUGUAAUAAACUUUUUUUGCAAAAGUUUUUUGUUUUGCUUAGUUUUACUGGCUUUGCGGUGUUUCCAUCCACCACUCAGACCGUCUUCAGUCGCCAGUUUGGUAUUUUGCGCAUGAAUAAAUGUCACUUAAGCUCAUACACUGACAUGUUUUUAUAUUGAACAGAGCCGGCCCAAGGCAUUGGUGAACUAGGCAGCUUCUUAGGGCCUCCACACCAGCAGGGGACAGCACAUAACACUAGAAUUGUUAAGUAAACAAGAGCUAAUUUUUUUCGUGUAUGAAUUGAUAAACUUUGCUUAGAUUGUUAUUUUAAAUACUAAAUUUUCAGUAUCUAAAAUCCUAAACCAUAACCAGUGCAGUCUAUGAAGACAUC